AGUUGUGGUACGAUGCUCUGGAAAAAGUACAGCGGUGGCGGGGAGAGAACCUUCCCAGUGACGAGCAGUGGUUCCAGGUACUCGUGGCCCUGCGCUCCCCUUUCUUAGGAGAGCAACCCGUGGAUGAAUGGAUGUUGGAACUCUGGGAUUUAAUUUGGAAGGAGUUGUGGCUGGAUGCAGCUUACCGGGCAUUAAAGUGGUACGCUACCCAGCGCAACCCCUGGAUGACUAACCACUAUCUGCCCGAGGGAGAGGACUAUAAUGGCCCGGGCUUACUGUGGGAGGCAUUUGAGGAGGGCGAUGACUUUGGAUGCCCCACAGAAUUUCAGGUCUGGGACAUCCACAACAAAAGGGAAACCCUGCUGGAUCUUCCCCGAUCAGACGACCUGGGGCCAGACCUGAUGCAUCUGGUCAAAAGGGAGUGGGAGCUGGAGCAGAACUACCAAUGCCUGUUCAACUUAGCCCAACCACCGUCCCUCGGCCCAGGGGAUUACCUGGACACCAUACCCUCUUCUGUCCAACCAGCCCCAGAGGUGAGCAACCUUAUAGAACAGUCCUGGGAACACACACAGAUGGCAGGUGGAGAUGGGACUGAGGUCUCUCCACCGGCCCUACAGGGAUGCUGGGUAUCCGGCCCACAUCACCAGCUGCAGUGCAUCUCACAGGGAGAGGAGACAACCAGUCUCUCUUCCCAGUGGCAGCCUGAGUUCCAGGAGGAGGUGAUGGUAGAUCCCUCCACCUUACAGCAACCAGCAUCCUGGGGAGGGGAGGCAACCGGCCUCCCUCUCCCACAGCAGUCGGAGAUACCAGAGAUGAGGUACCUCAUAGACUUGUCCUGGGGACACACACAGAUGGCAGGGGGAGAUGGGACCGAGGUCUCUCCACCGGCCCUACAGGGAUGCUGGGUAUCCGGCCCAGAUCCCCAGCGGCGGUGCAUCUCACAAGGAGAGAAGACAACCGGUCUCUCUUCCCAGCAGCGGCCUGAGUUCCAGCAGGAGGUGAUGGUAGAUCCCUCCACCUUACAGCAACCAGCGUCCUGGGGAGUGGGGGCAGCUGGCCUCCCUCUCCCACAGCAGCCGGAGAUACCGGGUGAGGGGGAGAACAACCCUAACCACACUGGCACAGAUGGGACCGCAGUCUCUGUGCCAGUCCUACAGGGAUGCUGGACGGGCGGUCCAGAUCCCCAACUAUCCCUGCAGGGAUACCAGGAGGAGGAGGUAAGCAAGCCCUCUCCUCCACGGCUUCAACCCGAUCGUGUCCUGGGGGCAGUGGAUGAACCUGCAAUACCCACUGAUCCCCUCCCAGCAGAAGAGCUGGCACCUGAGCAGAGCGCUGCUGGCCUCUGCCCUACCCUGGUACCUUGCCCAGAGCCUGACGCCCUGCAGGCUCUCCCAGUGGAAGAGCUGGCACCUGGGCAGAGCACCACUGGUCUUUGCCCCCCAAGUAGCCCCAGCUUUUUCCUUAGCUGCACCAGGGAGACCGAGGAUGCUGAACUGUCCCGCUACAACCUGGGACCUACAGGCCAGUACCGUGUAUUGUGGGGGGGCUACUCUGCUGAUUUUUCUUUGUGCUUGGGCUGCUUGACUAACCUGGGUCCUGACAGACAUAAAGACAGGCAUCUGCGCACCUGGAGAGGACUACUAGCCGGCCUCCUACCAUGGGACCAUGGUCCCGGGGAGGGCUGGCCCUUUAAAUACUGUAUGUAGACUGGCUCACCAAAUGGACUUAUUCUUGGACUAAUGGCGGGAAGUCCCGUCAACCCUACUGGACCAGGAAAGGUCGAACCAAGUUGCCGGAGCAGGGAGAAAAAGGGGGGCCAUUGUGAAGGAUUUUCAUGUACUUACCUGUUUGCCUUCAGUUAUACCUUCUCCCUGCUGUUUAAAUGCCUGUAUCAGUUCGUUUCAAUAUGUAUGGAAUGAAUGUAUUCGUUUACCGAACGGAGACCACACACCCUGGGUAGCAAUCAGCAUUAGAACGCAGAGAAAACCGCGACUUAAUUGCUACUAGGUGGCCGCCAUUCGACAUACGAACACGUGGCGAGAACAAAGGAUGGCGGCCAUCUUAGAACUCACGAAUGCGGUCAGCAGGGCUUACGCAUGAAUUGCCUGGAACUAAUUUCGGCACGGCAAACAUGCGAACGCCCGGUCCCCAUGGAAGUCCUGGAUGAAUACAUUCCCCUCCACGAAUCAAACUGGAGUUCGGAAGAUAGAAUCGACAGAAUGAGGGGAACAUUCACAUGUAACCAGCUGCACCAUACGAACGGUGGUUUUCGUGUAGUUUGAUGCGAACGGAGACUGGCCUUUGCUACUGAUUCUAUGGAACUCUAGAUCGGAUACCUCCACAUGGCGAACCGGUCAAAUUUCCACACGAUGCGACACGGAAACUACCGAACGGAAAUUCGUGAGAUUUGGAUAUAUGACUACCAGUAUCCUCAGCUACCCAGGAAAAAAAUAAUGUUUGUAUGUAAUAUAAAAAGUACUUUUCUGAAAUUGUUGAAAACUGUAAUGUUUCUGGCCAGCAGAUAAUUGAGCUUUGUGUAUUGUAGAAACUCAAUUAUCUAGCCUGGCCCAGAGGACGAGUUUUGUGUUGCAUAAAUUGUGAGUUCUGUGUGCCAGUAAAUCAGACUUGUUCCAGCAUUAAGCCUUGGCUCAUGUGUGGAUUAUUUGGCGAUUACAGCGAUAUUUCUUCUCGUGGAUUAUUGGGAUUACUCUGCUAUUGGGAAAAGGAAAACUAGACGGUGAUAUUGACUACUACCGUCACAAUUACCACUCUAUAGAGGAACACAUUUGUCUACCAGAAGUCAGUAGUCACUGCCUGUAACACUAAUCAAGGCGUGCAACUUUGCUGAAAAUGUAAACUCAUCCCUGCUGACAAACAGUAAAGGAAGUUUUGAUUGUUCCUAUAAUUCCUACAGCCAGGGCAAGGGAGGAGUGAUUGAACUCUACUAUUUCACUGUUAGCACUGCAAUAACAGUUCAGAGAUUGAUAAAGAUUGCUAUAGCAGUUUGAACUAUCAUUAAUUUAAAAAUGAAUGAUUUAAUUGUGCUCAAAUGCACACAUUCUGUUUUACAUUAUGUUGUUAUUUUCAGCAAGAUGCACUGUGUCUGGAAUGGAGAUACAAUAACGCGCAAACCUAAACAAAACAGUAAAGACAUACCUGUCCUUAGAGUGGCUAGGCUAGUGCCUGAGAGAGAUAAAUGCCUGCAAGCAGACAGAGAAUAGACAAGAGACAGGCCUAGGUCUAGCAUACCAGAUAUACACAGAAUCGAUAGUCAGACCAAGGUCAGGAUAAUAAGAGCAAGAUUAUAGUCAAAGAAGUCAAGGUCAGAAAACAGUAACUCUAAUACACUGUAUAAACACAUUCUCAGGUAACAAGAACCAUGAAAAGGAGCAAGGAAAAAAGGACAACCAGGAAGUAUAUAUACCCUAUACUGGGUUUUGAUUGGUUACUCAGGGCCAUGAUGUCACAAGAGUGUAUACAUCAUCAAAAAGUGCCAUAUAUGCUGACAUUUUAAAUGGAGACCAAUGUAAGGGUUCCAUGUCACAUAUGAUGUCAUAAUGAGUCACCAGGAAGCUAGGGAUGAGUGGGUGUACAUCAUAACACAGAAGAGACAUCAUUUCUGUAAUCGCAUGGGACAUGUAUCGUGACACACUUUUAGUAAUGCCUUCAGUGUCAUUAACAGUACCUAUAAGCAAGGAAUUUAUCUCUUUUUGUCAUACCUACUGUAUGUAAGAAAAAAAUAAAUUGUUGCUUUUAUAUUAAUAGUACAGAUGGUAUUGUGACAUAUUGAAAGAUAAAGGCCACUGUAUGCUGUUUAAUGCUUUUCAUUUCCCAAAUAUAUUUUAUAAAGACUGAAUGAAUAAGUGAAAUAUAGCAAUUGUGUAAAUUUACAUAAUUUUAAUUUCUAUGUUUGUCUGCAAAGCAAUUUAUACACACAACUGCUGUGUUAUGAUAUGUUUAGAUGCUAGCUAUGCAUCCCUGGGUCUAAAUGAAUGCUAUGCUAACAUUUUUUACAAUCAAAAUGUGCUCUGUAGUGAAGGGGCUAAUGAAAACCAUUUCUCAUUGGCUUACAUAAUUUAAGAGUAUUUACUCACAUUUUAGUUAGAUUUAUUACUCCACGAACCCAAACCCUUUGUUGAACAGUCCCAGUAUUCUGAUGCCCCAAACUUCCCUCCUAUUGUCCCCCUCCACCCCCAUUUUUUUAUAAUUGCCCCUCUCUCCCACUACCCACAUGCUCUUGAUCUAAAAUGUUGUUCCCAGGAAACAGCAGAGAAUGGAAAUUUAAAAGGAAUGUAGGCAAGCAUGACAAGUCACCAUAUGGGCAGUCGGAACCUUGGACAAAAAACCCCCACAUACCUAUCCCAAUAACACGCUGACACUAGGGUAUAUGGGUCAAAAUUGUCCACAGCUUUUAUUAAACAAAUAUAAUAAUAACAAUAAUAAAAUUAAUAAUAAUAACAAUCAUAAUAAUGAUAAUAAUAAUUUAACAUAUAAACAUGGGUCAUUGUCCCCAUACUCCGCCCUUGCAUCCGUAUCCUUCUUUUAAUAUAAAAGGCAAUGACUCCAACAUAACUAACACAUAUAUAUAUAUAUAUAACAAUUUUCAACCUUACUCCAACAUAACAAAUUUAAGUGCCAACCAUAAGUAACCCGGAUACCCCUACCCCACCAGGUUCUGAGCCACCUCCAGGACUCGAAACCUACCAACCACCAGUGACCACAAUUUUUCCAUGUUCAUCACGUUCCUAAUGGGAGCCUAUUGCCUCUUCCUCAGCUCCCUAUCCCGCCGCUGUGACAAAACGGGAUUACCCCCAUUUAACCAAAUCCUAGGGAGGGUGGGUGGGACAAACUCGACCAGGUAGGAGAUUAAAUGUCCUCAUUCCAAAAUGGCUACCUAUAUAAGUAGACAAACCCCAUUUUCCCACAACCCACCAGUCCUAGCCGUUUCCUCCUAGGCCCGCCUCCUAACCUCUGUCAAGGCCCUUUUCUGCUAAGCUGUGCUUUGGCUACAUGGGGUUACAAGACUUUUGUGGACUUGCUAGCUAAAAAUAAUUAAUUUAAAACUAUUUUUAUUUUUAAUUUUUUUUACUGUGUAAAUGAUCUAUCUCUUUAACACCCCAACAUCAUCUUGUAAAUAUGUGGAGGUUUGGCAUAUCCCCCAUUUCAGCACCCUCAAUGCAUCAACCUCUUUCUCCUCCACCAGUCACUUGGUAGGCAUGGCUGCUUCAGUGUAUUCUGUCUAUAAGACUCUGUAAUUAGGUCCACCAUUGUAGCGGAGAUCCAGUAUUCCACAAGUUAUCUCCGCUUAAGAUCCCAGUGAGGCUCAGGAACAAGUAGUUAUAAAUCCAUAAAGCAAGGUUUCCAGCAGGUAAAACAAUAUAGCAAUAUCCCAACAGCAAUCCCAAUAACUGGACGACACACAGCAUCAGGAGCAGAACUAAAACUUUUAUUUCACAGUGGCCUUAUAAAGCAUGCUCCCAUGCAAGAGCAGGAUUUUCAUUAAUUAAUACAGUAUCCAAUCCUGUACUAGUAACCUCCCACACAUCUCCUCCCCUCAACCUGACUCAUAACCCCUUAUACUGUACACAAAUUCCCCCAGUUUCUGGAUGUAGCCCUAAACCUAGGGGUACCCCUUUAAAUGGCACAUCCCCUGGUAGCCCUGAUCUGGGUGAGCAACAUAUCCAAAAAUCACCCAGAUCGGACCAGGGGUUCGGGAAAUUCGUGGAGGGAAUAAAAAGACUGACCGCGCUGGAGAGAACAGCCGAAUUGGGCUCCAUGCGAUGGGGCCCUGCGGUUGGUCACAGUAUAAGGGAAUGAAUUGCAUGAAAGGCUAAGGCUACAGAGAUCAGGUAGGGUUCGCAUGAAUCCCCUCAUUCGGUUGUUUCUGUCUACCGAACGAGGGGCCGUUCGGUAAUUUGGAACCGAACGGACCGGGCUUGUGGAGGUUUCAGCGGUGUUCGCCCAGUCGAGUGUCCGAUUUGGGUUCCAGACACUCGACGGCAAAACACCGCUGUUCGGGAGUUUUAAAAUGGCCGCCGCCACGUGUUCAUUUCCCGAAUGGCGGCCACCCCGAGAACAAAGGACCUACUGACUCGGCUUGUUAAUUACCCAUUCGCAACAUUGUUGCAACGGGUAAUUGAAGGCACACUUCACACAGGGGAGGUCUGACUGUUCGAUAGUUUCAUUCCCUUAGUUUGUUCGAAUGAUUCUACUGAACAAUCAGACAAAUACACGUUAUUUAGACACAUAUAAACCUGCAAUUUACACAAAUACAGUUACACAUAUGCAAUUUUCAGGACAGCCCAGUGCCAUCCGCUACAACCAUAAUUAUCAGCACCAGGCCCAAUAGAUCCUUAAUCUAGCACUGCAUUGCAUGAUGUCAACAUUGCUGAGUUUAGGAAUAAAGCACCCUCCACUUGCUUAUUUUGUCCUAGACAUGCAGGAUUUUAUUGUUUGACAGUUAUUGUUAUAAAAAUGAAAAUAGUUUAUCACUAGUGUUUAUUUUAAAUAAAUCUUAAAUUAACACUGAAUGAACUAUAACCAUUUCAUCACACUGAACUAGUUUAAUUCAUAGAGUCUCCAUGCUGGAGGUAUGGAUUAGACAUAAAUUACACAUUUCCUCCAAGCCACAGCAGUUUAUGCCAAAAUGGCUGCUGUGAUAGGCUGACAGUGCUGACAUUCAGCCAAUCACAACCACCCAUUGAUCCUCGUUUAACAUUAAAACAUAAAAAUUUCUAUGAAUUGACCAUCCAUCCACUGGCGAGACAAUGGGUGGAACUGGAGAGCUCGGUAUUCACAGUACCCCUUUAUACAAUCCCAUGGCAAAAAGCAAACCAAACCGCACUUCUUAACCAACACACAUCUCAUCCCACUAUACCCCCUACACUUUCCCAUAGGCCUCCAAACAAAUUCAAAACAUAAGACCCAUAGGCCUCCAAACAAAUUCAAAACAUAAGACCAAAGAUCCACCAACCAGUCCUCUCAGAUUCAUUCCCACAUUUCGAUAGGCUUAAUACCAUAAACCAAACACAACAUAACACUCUGACAUCAAUGGAGGUUUACUCACGCCUUAAUAACAACUGGAACAAUAUUAUGAAGGGCAAUAGAUGACCUAAAUGUGAUAAGAUUCAUAAUGGUGUAGUAUCUUUUUUUUUUUGUCAAUCAGUUUUUGAUUGAGAUAGUGGCAAGUUAUACAAGACAUGUAGUACCAGCGUAGGACAUAGCAAACAGAUUAAUAAUAGACAGCAUAUAGUAUAGGCCUAGCCGGUAGAAGCAAGUAUCUAAUUUUAUAAUUAUGUAAGAAAAGUUAACUAUCGCAUGAAUAAGAUGCCAACGUGAACAGAUUGGAUCUAAUGAAUUAUGUGAGGCAAGUAAGCAAGGCUUGUAUAACACCACAGUGAUGUAAUAAAUGGCAUCUAUAUAGUAGCAUUCUGUAGUAAGAGUCAUAUGGAGUUUAGAGGGCCAGUGUAGGCAUGUAUAAGCAGGCAGAGAGAAAAAACAAACAAAAAAAACAUUCCAGGCACCCAUAAAAGUAAAUUAUAGUAAAUUAAAGAAAAUCAACUGCAGGGUUUUCGGACUGAACCUGCUGCGGUUGAUCCCAACCACCGUCUUUCUGGGGCAUGGAACGCCCUCUUGGAGGAUCCACUAGACUUUGCAGCCUGCACCCGCCAUCACGGCAUUGACAUCGGGCAGAUGAGUUCCCAGUACUUCACCAUCUCCCGCGUGUUGGUUUUUCCUCUUGCUUUGAUUCUGAUGAGAUGCAGGCCACUGUGGCAUUAUCUCUAGCUCGACACUUACCUCCAGAGUCACUUGCAGUCUCCGCCAGAAUGCAACCCAGUGCUGAUCAAAGUAAGCCAGCAGUUCAUCACAUAAUUGUGCGAGAUCAGCAUGGCUUGUAAGGGUUGUUGCAGUACCAGCAGCAGCCAUCUUAGGUAUGUUGAGUAGUAUUGCCUAUGCCCAAACCCUGGGACAUGUUAGCAUGUAGCAGCACUGAGGUGGACCGGGAUGACCCCCACCAGCCCAAAGGGGGGUGGAGGAUUUGCAAGGCCCUUUAGGAUGACAAGGCUGGUGGACUGGCCCUGCAUCAACCGCCAGGCCGUAGGACAGUCCAGCCACUAUAGUAGCAUCGGGAGAGUCAACGGUGACCCAACUCUGCUUCUGCAGGAGCACUGAGGAGAGGGUAAAUAAAAUUUCUGGUCAGCUCAGCAGAAAUCGUAGGUAUAUGGCUUAAAAUCAGCUAGUAACUCAGGGCUCUGGGUCGAUUCUGAAUCUCAGUGCUCUGUAUGGCAGUCAGGCUCUGCCCCAAGUGUAGUAUCUUAUAGGGAUACGGUGAUUCUUAUUUUUCUUUAAUUAUAAUUGGAGAAUAGAUUAUUAGGUUCCCAUAUUUUUUUACCAUAAUCCCAUGAUUGAACUUUAUCUUGCACCCCCCCUUUUUUUUUUUCCUCAACACGCUGCUCUUGGCUACUAAUUUUUACACGUGUUUGUAUGGCUUCAACACCAUGUCUUUUGUUACAUACUAGUUGUUCCCAUCCAUUGCAUUAUCUUUUUGUCCAACUUUUUUUUUUGUUUUGUUACUUUCUUAUUAAAUUUUCCACCAAUUUUUUUUAUGUUUCAUUGCAUUCCAGCAGUUUGUUGACUCUGACCUUGGCUGGCACCAUGUCUCCCUCAAUACAGAAUAUACAGAAUUAGGCUUUUCAAUGCCCUGACAUGUGGAAUGGCUUCUAAAGGGCAGAAACUUUGUCUUUAACCUUUGCCGGCAUUUCUGCGCUUGGAAAGGCAUCCGUUUUCCCACAUCAGAGUCUCCUCAAGCUGCCCUUAUCAACUUCACUCCUGCCUCUUUUUUUUUUUUUUACUUCUUCUUCUAGGGCCUGAAUUAAUUCUUCAGAAAAAAAGAUAAGGUAAUUUAUUCCAAAAUAUGUUUUCUGAAUAAUCAUAAACUGUAAUAGGAUGUGAGCUUCUUGCUACUAGAGAUCUAAGCACUGCUGGAAUCAAAAGGAAAUGUAUUUAACCCAAAAACUGCCAGACUAAUGUUUGCAGUUAUAAAAUUAACCCUUAGGUUUACCUGCCACCAUUCUGAAUGGCCAGAGGGAUGCUUACUUUAUUCUUAGUGAGCAAGGGUCAGUUUCUCUCUGUAACAUAUUCUUCCUCACCUUGCGGUCACUACACCCAGCGGCCGUGCGUCUGCAUGACUGACCCUUGCGGCAUGUUAACGGAUGCCGGCCACUGCGGAUCCACGGCAAAAUAUACUCCCAUGUCCGCUCACGUCAAUGAUGAUGUUUUAGGGUCAAAGACUGAUUUUGGACAGCAAAAAAAUGGGUUGAAAUUGGCUGAUUUUGGCCAAACAGAAGAUUUGAACAGGUAUUUAAGCCUCAUUAUACUUGGCACUCAUUGCCCUGUCGUGGUUUCCCUAGUGGUUGUCCGAGAGUGCGUUAUUGAUUCUGGUUAUUCUUUGGUAUGUUAGUACGGCCAUUCUAAGGCCGGUAAUACGUUACCUAUCAGUUACCUAUCAGUUACCCGUGUUACACAAUUCUACGUGCUGGAUCAUUCAAUAAUCCUGACACUCUCCUCUAAGCAGGACUUAUCAUGCUGCUAUCCGUUUUCUAUACAGUUAGACAUGCUUACUGCUGUCUGUAGAAUACACAGGGAACACAGUGUACUGCACAUCGAAACAUGUUGUUAUGCUAGUUCCUUGAGGAAAACCCCAAUAGAGUGUGGUAUAAGGCUUUUACAGGGCAUUUGCUUCCAUUCAAUAGAUGCAGUCUGCUCACGGGACCACUUGCUCUUGUUUAAAAGAUAAAUAAAUCUCUAUUUAGCCAAUAGUACAAUAGGUUUGGUACAUUCUGGGUAAGAGCAUCAGAAUAAGAGCUAAGAUGUACAACAUUAUGAGGGUUCAAAGUUUUCAAACUUUUUAGAACAAAUAAGGGUAAUAUACCCUAUUUUAAACAAUAAAAAUAACCAAUAGGAAAAAGCACAGAAAAGAUAAGAAAGGUUUCCUUUCCAUCAAGAAGCAUAAGAAGGGUUGUACUUCUCCAUCGAGAAGCACAACCCAAUGCACCCAAAGCAAACUCUUUACAAAAUGUUCUGACAAUGAUAGGACGAGGUAGAAUUAUGGACCAAAGUAUUAAGUUCAUUCAUAAAUUUACUCUCAGCAACCAAAGAGUGAGAAGUGGCAUCCCUAAGCCAUGCGGCAACCAGAGCCCUGUGGGCAACGAGAGUGACCUUAUUCAUCAGUUUUUGCAGGUAAUUGGUAAAGGCCACUAAAGAGUGUUAGAAAAGGGAUCUAGGUCAACGGAUGUAUUAAAAUAGCAAGAAAUCAGAUUUCUAAAUUUCUCCCAGUAGAGAGCAAGUUUUGGGCACAUACACCACAUGUGAAUAUAGGACCCUAUUAGGCCACAGGUUCUCCAGCAAAUGUCUGUAGUGGUACUUCCUUAUAUAGAGUGACUGGGUAUACCUCCUCAUUAUAAUUUUAUACAUUUGCUCUUGGAAUUAUACACAUACCAAGACUUUGGAAGCUGCCCCACAAAUUUCUUGCCAUUACUCUCCAUCAAAGAACCAUUUUUCCAUGUAUGCAGGUAAAGCACACACAGCAGGAAUAAAGAUGUACUUGAAGGCAGGCCCGGACUGGCCAUCGGGCACACCGGGCAAAUGCCCGGUGGGCCGCGGUGUCCAUGGGCCGAGGCCGGCAGGGGAGAUCACAGGAUCUCCCCUGCCGGUCUAUGCAGGGCCGGCGCUAUCCGAGCGCCGGCCCCGCUGUCUUCCAUGGAGGGCCGGUGGGGAGAUCAAAGAUCUCCCUCACCGGCCCACAUGCAUUCAAACGCGGCCGCCGGCGGGGAGAGAGGGAGGGAGCCAGCCGCCAGGAGAGAGGACCCGGCGGAGCUCUAACUUGCAGCUCCUCCGGGUUUCUCUCGCGAGAUCCGGACCGUUGCUAUGGCAACCGGCCGGGUCUCGCGAGAGUGAACUCUAGCCCCAAAGGGCUAGAGUUCACUAACCACGAGGACCACCAGGGAUGGCUGGCAGCAGCACGACCCCCCCACCCCCCACCUUCCAGACUACAGGUAAGAAUAGAGGGGGGGGGGAUAUAAUGUAUUUAUUUUUAUUAUUUAUUAUUAGUAUUUCUUAGUAUGUAUUUAUUUUUAUUAUUUAUUAUUAGUAUUUAUUAUUAGUAUUUAUUAGUAUGUAUUUAUUAUUCAUUAUUGGUAUUUAUUAUUAGUAUUUAUUAUUAGUAUUUAUUAGUAUGUAUUUAUUUUUAUUAUUUAUUAUUAGUAUUUAUUAGUAUGUAUUUAUUAUUUAUUAUUAGUAUUUAUUAUUAGUAUUUAUUAGUAUGUAUUUAUUUUUAUUAUUUAUUAUUAGUAUUUAUUAGUAUGUAUUUAUUAUUUAUUAUUAGUAUUUAUUAGUAUGUAUUUAUUAGUAUGUAUUUAUUAUUUAUUAUUAGUAUUUAUUAGUAUGUAUUUAUUUUUAUUAUUUAUUAUUAGUAUUUAUUAUUAGUAUUUAUUAUUAUGUAUUUAUUUUUAUUAUUUAUUAUUAUUAUUAUUUAUUAUUAUGUAUUUAUUUUUAUUAUUUAUUAUUAUUAUUUAUUAUUAUGUAUUUAUUAUUAUUUUUAGUAAAUAAUAAUAGUGCCAUUUACCUGCCUCCCCCAAUACAAAAUCCUGGCAAACACACACAUCACCCUCACCCAGCACCCUAACACAUACACAGCACCCUAACACACACACAGCACCCUAACACCAGCACCCUAACAUUGACACAGAACCCUAACACACACACAGCACCCUAACACCAGCACCCCAACACACAUAUAGCACCCUAAUACCAGCACCCUAACAUUGACACAUCACCCUAACACACACACAGCACCCUAACACUCACACAGCACCCUAAAACACACACAGCACCCUAACACCAGCACCCUAACAUUGACACAGCACCCUAACACACACACACACACAGCACCCUAACACCAGCACCCUAACAUUGACACAGCAUCCUAACAUUGACACAGCACCCUAACACAUACAGAAACCUAGCACACACACACACACACAUCACCCCAACACAUACACAGCAACCCAACACACACACAGCACCCCAACACACACAGCACCCCAACACACACAUCACCCUCAAAUACACAGCACCCUCAAAUACACAGAACCCUCGCACAGUGCCCUCACACACAGCGCCCUCACACACAGCACCCUCCCACACACACUAUACUCCUCACAAAUGCACACUACACCCCUCACACACACAGCACCCCCCAAACACACUGCACCAGUCACACACUCACUAGAUCUCCUAUACGCACUCCUGAGUCCUUCAAACACACACUAGAUCCCCUACACACAGACGCUGCACCACUUACACACACACUACAUUUCUGACAUACACACUCAGGAUCCCCUAUGAACACACUAGAUAAUCCUUUAAGCAAACACAUAGUGUCUCCAUAAAUGGGAUACAGUGAGUAUUCCAAUUAUGGAAACCCCUGAGACAAGUUUCAAGCAAACACAAUGCAAGCAUGUUAUUAAAUUUGCUUGCGCUGUGCAGAUCAAAUACAGGGCCCUUUUCUCAUGCCCUGGAAGAGCAUUGAACCAACAUGCUCACUUUGAGAUGGGGCGUGCUUGUCAUUGGGGAUGACAAAACACACCCUAUCUGGCCCCGCCCCCUUUUCAGUGGGCCGCUGUAAUUAAAAAUGCCCGGGCCGAAUUUUUUCCCCAGUCCGGCCCUGCUUGAAGGUAUAAACAUGAGGUAUAAAGAUGUACUUAGUUCUCUCUGUGGAGUUUCCCUAACACACAGGGAUUCAAUUUCAGUUGAUCUACUAGUUGUAAGUAUCUAAAAAAGUCUCCACCUAGCAUUCUAAGCUUUUAAUGAAUCAAAGAUGAUAGCAGUGUCCGCCAUCUGUACAUUGCAGAGCCUCUGGAGACCUGCCUCUUCCAGAGUACAAAAGAGCCUGGCAUGUAAGCAAGGGGAAACCGGAGAACUUAAGAAAAGGCGUAAGCAGAGACCAUUUAGGGAAAAGUUCCAUCUUAAAACCUGUUGAGGAUAGAAGGAUAGCCUAUACGUCAGAGCGGCCUCUAGUCCCUGGGAACUCACAUAAAGAAAGGAGAAGGAGAUUUAUUUUAAUACAUGCCUUCUGCCAAUCCAGGAAAUAGGAUGUUUGUGCCUUUUUUCAAUAUAAAUAUCAUAAAGAGGAAAUAAGGGAGGCUCUAUUUUUUUGCAUAUGUCCAUGAUGGAUCACCUGUUAGAUGAACACCUAGGUGUGUAAGUGGCAGACGAGUCAACUGAAUAUGGAACUCAGAGCAAAGCAGAUCUGUGUCUGAUGGCAACAGAUUCAAAGUCAUGGAUUUAUCUAGGUUAAUUGUAUACUUUACAGAUCUUUAAACAAAGCUAAGAGUUCAAAUAAGUUCAAAUAAUUGUCUAGGGUUCAUUGGUGUGAGCAGAAUAUCAUUAGCAUAUAGUCAGAGUUUUUAGUGGGAGGAGCCUUGAGUGCAAAAAUUGAAUGAAGAAAUUUAAACAUAGUGUCCAACUCUCCCAUAAAACUACUGUGAUCGGUGGACGUUGAAAUUUCAACCAAAUCCACAAGUUGCUGCACCUAUGAAGGAGAUGGAACUCAGUGAUUUGUGACACUCAGGGAAAGAUGGCCACCUUGGAACAGCCUCAUACGACUGACCCACAUUGGAGGCCCCAAUCCACGCCAACAUGGUAGCUCAAAGAGAGUAUGAGUUGCGGUGGGGGAGAGCCAGGUAAGUUGGUGUUAGAUAGAGAAGGGUGAGACCCUGACAUAUAUAUAUAUAUAUAUAUAUAUAUAUAUAAGCUGAGAGUUUGUACUCGGUGCCUACAUUAGUUAGUCCUUUGAUGCCCUAGUGUUAUCUAAUAAGGCACUAGGGAGAAGGCGAAUAACGGUGUGGACAAGGGGCAGCUAUGCCUUUUGCUGUUAUAAAUUUUAAAGGGGACUAGCAGAGCCAAUCUGGAGUGGGUGCAGACCACCCAGGUGCUCUAUAAACAGACUGGGUGUUCAGUGCUAGAAUCUGUCCCCUCAAGUAGAUCCCACCCCCUCUUGUUAGGUCCUCACCCCCUCUAGCAGUACAGAGGGGCAUGGGAUUUACCUGAGGGGGCAUAGCUUAACACUGAACAGCCUGCCUAUCCACAGAGCACUUGGGCAGUCUGCACCCAACCAGGAUUGACUCCGUAGACUGUGUUGCCUCCUAUAGUAAGCAUUUGACCUUGUGGGAUUACAGGGUUGAGGUUACAGGGACUCAAUGGCUCUAUGAAAUGAAACUGUUAAACCCAUGAACACAAGAAGUCAAAAUCAGUAAGGCCACUCCAGUCUAUCAAAGAAAAGAGCAGAGAAGGUGUCCAAUGGUGAACCACUCACCAAACCUACCUGAUGGUAAUAUCAUAGGAUUGUAGAGUUGGGAUAAAUCUGACCUGAUUCAGAAGCACAAUGUGACACAAUAUCCCCAAACGUCUAUUCACAAGAUUUUUUUGCCAUACUUUUUACCUCAGUAUUAAGAAGAGAGAUCAGCCAGUAAUUUCAGCGAUACUUGGGGUCUUUGCACUCUUUUGGAAUGAGGACAACAUUGGCUAGGGUGGCUUCAGAAUGGGAACCGUAUCCCUUCAAACCAUUAUUAUACAGUUAUAAAAGAUGUAGGGCCAAAACCGCACAAAAUGUUUUGUAGUAGGCAGGUCCAUGCCCAUCCUGAACAGGUAUCUUGUUACUUUCUAAGGUGAAGAGCAAUAUCUGUGUGAUCAAACCAGUUGAUGCUAUUGAUUUCAACAUUAAGAACAUCAUACAACAACCCAGAGAGACCAAAAAUAGAUCUAUCCUCAUUAGUUCUCAGAUGUUGCAUUUGCCAGGGGUCCAAGAGUUCACAUUCUGAGUAAAAAUGAUGUAACAGUUUGUCUUGUGUAUCCUUACUAAGGGAUCUAGGCAAUCGAACAUGUUCAUAUUGAUCAUGUUAAAAUCAUCUUCCAGUACCAGUAGAUUUAUCAUUAAAUUCUUAAACAGGUUAUCCUAAAAUUGCAAGUCCGGGGCUGUCAGGAUGUAAAGAUGGUUCUAGACCCCAAAGUGCCCACCAUCAAUAUUUGCCUGCCAUCCCUUGACAGGCUCCCAGUCGGAUUUGCCGGCAUAUGCACUAACCUUACCCAAACCCCCAUUAAAACUCGGACACAGGUUAUACUGUUGGAAAUAAUUAGUCCAAAGCUUUAUUAAAUUAUUAAUAAAAUAAUUAAGGAAUAACAAAUGGGGUCAUUGCCAACAAAUCUUAUUAAAGUUAACAUCCCCCCAUAUACAUAACAUACCCCUAGCAAUGACCCCACAAUAAUAAAAAUAGAUAACAAUCUAAAUAACAUGUUAAUACAGAAACUGGCCGCCCAAUAUGACCACAUUUCCACCAGGUUAAAUUGUAGGGGUGUACCGAGACACCGCUACCCACCAUAUUGAUUGUAGGGGUGUACCAAGACACCGCUACCCACCAUAUCCAUUGUAGGGGUGUACCAAGACACCGCUACCCACCAGUUCCAGUGUAGGGUGUACCAAGACACCACCACACCCCCAGGUUCGGAGCCACCGACGGGCUCGAACCUACCAACCACGUGCAACACUGCCCAAUCCACACUAAACCUCAGGAUGCCCACUUUCUCCUCCAUCUACCCUCCGAUUUAACCAGGCCAUUCCCCGCCACAGCUCAGGACUUGACACCUAAAGUUCCUGAGCGACCCCCACCACACUGGAAUAAGGCCUGUUGAAUUCCUUCCUGAAUGCCCAAUUUAAACAGAUCAUACCUUACAUCUGAAAACUACCCCAUCCCCCCGGAGUACCCAGGGAGCUUGCCACCCAAUUCGUUGUGUCUCACUGUUACACCGCCCCCACAUCUGAUAUUUACAGCCAUUUUUUUAUUAAUUCAUCCUCGACACCGAGCCACCGCAGCCGGGUACCCAGUAUGUCUCCAAUGUAACCGAGGAACCAUCUCGGACCGCACCACCACCACACCUGUGGCCAGCUCCCAUAGCCGGUCCACCUCCCUCUGCCUCCACCUGAUCAAUUCCUUUUCCGGGACCAUGCCGAUAUCCUUCCCGACCUUGCGGAUUACGAGAAUGUCCUGGACAGUGCCCCUUGUUAUCUUCCGGAAAAUUUUCUCCACUGAUGCCUUGCCACCAAAACCCCCGAAAACCAAAACCACUCCAGCUCCACCAAUUCUAAAGGAAAGCCCAGUUGUGCUUGACCCGAACCACGGCUCCCUUCUGCGCCCCUUAGAUGUAAGAGUGGCCAACCAACCAUGUCACCAAACCUGAAACGAAAGUAACUAGCAACAAGGCAUAGCCCCAAACACAAACCCAUACGUCCAUAGCCAUUAAACCAAAUAGACCGUCUGUAAACAGGACUUAAACCGUACUGACUCCCACCUUCCUAAACGUUUCCCCAGGUCCUCACUUAAAACCAGGCGGGACGCUUCUGUCGCCACCAUUGAAUCGUGACAGCGCCGAUCCGUCCCCUUUUACCAAUAAGCCACCUGGGAUGUCCGGGUGAAGUUCCAAGUAGCGUGAUGUGACAUACCCCUGACCCUGGCAGGGAAUAUAGCUUUUUUUUUUCGACAACUGAGUGUAAAACCCCCCAACACCCUCCCGAAAGGCACUCACCAGCUCCCCAAUCCAAAUUGCCCCAAGCCCCCGAGAAGGCCACCGCAAACAAACUCACCACAAAAGCAGAGUAACACACCACCAGGCGUUGCAUUACCCAAGGAAACCAGCCACCCGGCACCAACAUAUUUCAUACCUCUCUGGAAGACCCGCGAUGCCUGACGGACAUGACAACGUUCCGUCACUUUCUCCCAAUCGGUCAGUUUGAACCCUAACGCCAAUGCCUCCAUGCUCCUGUCCAUUGCUAACGCUGAACGAACAAGUGGCUUAGGAACCACAGCAAGGUAUCCCUUCGCCCCUCCUUUGACUGGGACCCCUCAGUGAAACCAACCGCCUCAUCCCACAUAUCCCAAACCUUCACAUAGGCAGUCCCCGUGCUCGGUGCCAUAGGAUUCUGUAUCGAUCCUCCAAUCAUGGUGUUUCGAGUUGCUACAUUUCCUUCAGACUGGCCUGUCCCUCCUUCCGCGUCCCCUGGGGCCCCAUUCGCAGCUUGUCCCCUUGUACACGAGCCAAGUAACCAGCCCCUACCUUCCGCCAACCAGGCAUGUGGCAUGCCUACACCCAAUAUCAAACGACCUGCACAGUGAUACGAAUCGCCGCCAUCAGCGUACCUCCUGAACCGAGGACCCGGCUGGAUGGUAAACCGCAUGAACCCCACCGUAUUGUCCGUGAAUUACGACUUUUCGUCCCUUAAUCCUUCACCUUUUAGAGCCAUGGCAACUCCCAAUGGAAAUAACUCAAAAGAUGCCAACUUUGAAUAAGAGGACUUACCUUUCAUGCCUCCCGCCACCGCUCCGCGCACCACCUGCCUCGGAAUCUAUGUUCCCAGAGGCAUCCGUGAACAACUCGAUACCACCCGCAAAGCCUCCACAAGUAGCCUUCGCCAUGAAACUGCUACAGACCCAUUCCUUGCGACUAACCCGACAUGCAAACUUGAAACUGCCUUAUGAACAACUGCGAUUUCUCAGCGUGACCUUCUUGGACCUGCGAACCUUCAACCUGAAGUCCCGAAGUGCAGUUAACUGAUCCCCAGGCAAUCGACACUCUCCUACCACCAAAACAAUUUCCAGCCCAAGCAAAGACGUGCGGUAGGAUUCCCGCGACCGUAAGGUAUGUCCACAAUGGCCCGGCCCAGCCGAGCCCACACAGCAAGCUAUCUUACAGAUAAUGUAGUAAGGAACCCCUUCCUGAUUCCUCUUUCACCACCCACUCCCAGACGGAACCAACUUCCCGAAGUAGGAACAUGAAACGGAACCGCCCCUUGGCAAGCAGAGGUUACCAAUAGGCACCUGCAAACAUGCAACCCAAAAGAUGGAAGGGUUGCCAACAAUCAAACGCGUCCCGCUCCCCCGAACCAACUCGACAGCAAGGCCAAAUGAUGCCAAAGAUACAAAACAGGUCUGCGUCGAUGUCAAAAAACCAGCCAGGAAACAGGUGUCAUCGUUACCUGGUUCAAUUAAUGUCUCAAUACAGGAACAUUCAUUAGUAUUAUGAACUAUGGGAGUCCUCUGGAAGAACGAUGGCAAGGUCUCUUCAAGUUGGAUCCAGGAAAAUUGCUAGAUUGAAGAAGCAAUUGCUCUUCUUUAAAUCUCCUAAUUAACUGAGCAGAAGGGUUGCAGAUCUGCUUAUUCUGCUUAAAUGCAAACCCUGUCUAUGAAAGGAGAGGACUUUAUAAACUGGAGCCUCUGACACCUUUCUCAAAUAAAUAUAUAUAUAGAGAGAGAGAGAUAGAGAGAGAUAGAGGGGAGAGGGGGUGGUUUUUCUAAGCUAUGAAUUGCUAAAUUCCCAACAGGAGAUUUUGAAAAAAACACUAAGAUAUAGGCCUCGAUUUUAUAUUUUUGAAUAAGCUUUAUAAAUUAUUUAAAUGAUCAAAUAUUUUAAUAUUGUGAUACUAUUUGAUAUAUUGAUACACUAUAUGGACAAAAGUAUUGGAAUACCUAUUACACCAAGAGAGACGUGUAUGACAUCACAUUCUAAAUACAUAGUUAUUAACACGUAUUUGGUCCCCCAUUUGAUGUUAUAACAGCUUCCACUUUUCUGGGAGUGGAAUAUUUCCACAAAUUUGUAGAGCAUUUGUGAUUUCAAGCACUGAUGAUAGAUGAGAAGGCCUGGUUCUCAUUCGCCAUUCCAGUUCAUCCCAAAGGAUUUUUAUGGGGUUAAGGUCUCUGUCCAGGCUAGUCAAGUUCUUCCACACCAAACUUAUCCAGCCAUGUCUAUAUGGACCUUGCUUUGUGGACUAGGGCAUAGGCAUGUGCAAAGGCACACUCACACUUUAUACAGCUACUAAGAGCUCUGCUGUAUUCAACAUGGAUGGUACAAUCCCAAUCUCAGAAUAUUUUGCAGUCAGCAGUGGUGAUAUAUCUCCAAAGGGUAGAACAAUCUAGAAAAUAUAGAAAGCAGUGUAUGUAUAAAACUAACCGUAAAAAACGUAAAACUAACCAUAAAUAUUCUACUCACAUAGAGCAGACCAUAAACCUGCUUGGUGUUGAAGAGCUCUAGUGGUAUAAUCCCCAUGUGUGGAACCAGGAAGCCAAAUAAAAAAAAAGUGUCAGGGUAAAAUGCAAAAUAAAUUCAAAACAAAUUCAAUUUUAAGGGACUGAAUUUAUUACAUUAGUGAAAAACAAUAAGCAGACAAUAUACUGUAUAUAAAAUCCAAAUAGGCUAUGUGACCACACUUUACACAUUCCACCUUAGGGUUUAAUCAGAAGUGUUCUUGUGGAGAUCUCCAAUCAACACCAGAAAUUACUUAUUGAUAUCAAUACCUGUAUAGACAGUGACUAUUAAAGCUGAGACCACACUUCCAAUGUUCUCCUGGAAUCCUUUAAAAUCAGAUUUGCCCAUUUGCCUUCCAAACAGAGAAAUGUGUUUCAUCACUCCAUAGAACAUGUUUCCACUGCUCCAGAGUCCUGUGGCGGCGUGCUUUACACCACUCAAUCCGAUGCUUGACAUUGUGCUUGGUGAUGUGAGGCUUGCAUGUAGCUACUCGGCCAUGGAAACCCAUUCCAUGAAGCUCUUGCCCCACAGUUUUUGUGCUGAUAUUAAUGCCAGUGGAAGUUUGGAACUCUUCAGCUGUGGGAUCAGCAGAGCUUUUACACAGCAUGCACCUCAGAACUCGGUGACCCCGCUCUGUGACUCUACAUGGUCUUCGGCUUCAUGGCUGAGUUGCUGCUGUUCCUAAAUUCUUCCACUUUACAAUGAUACCACUUACAUUUGGAUGUGGAAUAUGUGGCAGAGAUAAAAUUUCACAAACUGACUUAUUGCAAAGUUGGCAUCCUAUCACAGUACCAAGUUUGAGGCCAUAGUCAUAGGUUGGCUGAUAUAGGCAGAAUUUGAGAUUCCAAUUACAAUUCAUUGAAAGUCAGUGUUUAGUAAAUGAACAUGUGGAUUAGGUUUUUGCCAAUAGUGCAUGGCUUAUCCUUUCCAUCCAUAAGAUUUUGGUAGUCUGAGUAUGUGCUAUUUAUAUUUCUACUAGCAAGAGACUAAUUUUGUGCAACUGUCACUCAAUGUAGUUCUAUGAGAUGACUGUCUAGUUGAAAUAAAGUCAUUUUAUCACAUUAAAGGCUAGCUGUCUGAUUUGGUCUGGUGUUUUUGAACUUUACAAUAGGCAGGUAAUAUGUAUUUGACUGCCACCUUAUAUUCUGUACUAAGCCAACUCCAUACACAGCAAUAAGUUUAAAUUCUUGAAGUUCUCAAUUGCUACAUGGUAAUAAACCAACAGUACUUUAAAAUAUGCCCUUGGUUAGGAAUGACAAUGGCUCAGCACUUGAAAAGGGCAGAGCACACUACCGUCUCGAUGUGUUAUAUCAUUGCAGGAGCAAGGCAGAACGCAAUACUCUUUUUCCUCAGAAUUCUUAAAUAAAUGCCUCAAGUCAAAAAGACUGCUCCACUUCUAAUAAGGUCAUGGCUAACAUCACUCUAAUAGCAGAGAACAUUGUGUGUUGUGUAUAUUAAGCCGACAAGGAGCAAAAUAACCUUUCUGCAGCUGUCAGACAAACAUCGGGUGCGCUGAAAAUUUUGACCCAUUUAAAAGGUGAAGAUUUGUUGGUGUUAUACGUUGUAAAACUAUGUCAGAACAACCCUGGAACCUGAAUUUAUAUCAGAAAUCUAUAUCAGCAGAUUAGACUUAUUUAGUGCCCAAAUGAGACUCCAAUCCCCAUUUGGCACAUAUGGUGUGCAACCGAAGGGUUGAAGGAAUUUUACUGCCUCCGUUUAUUAGAACUAAAGACCUCUGACCAAUGUUUCAACGCGAUUUUUGUUGUCUGAGCUACAUUUUUGUUCUUUUUUUUUUAUUUAAGGGAAACUUACGUAUCUGGAAAUUACGCCAUUGAAAAUCACUUAUAACUUGUGUUAAUCUUGUUUUCAUGUGAUGCUCCAUUUAAAAAAAAAAAAACAACUAAUAAUAUUAAAAGUUCAUCAAAUUCUACCACAAUCCAGUUCAACCUGCAAAUGAGAAGGAAAACACUUAACCAUAUUUCAACGUACCUCUUCUCUGUACGCUCUCUCUCAGCUGACUGCCAGGCAUGGAGGACAGAACUUAACAAUGAUUGACAGAGAGUCAAGAUGGAUGAUAAGUUUUAGGACAAAUAGGUAAUUGUUUUUAUAGGAUUCGGAUGUAAGAGCCCCAAUUUGUAUCUGGGCAUCAGAUGCAUCCACAUAUUUGCUGCUAAUCAGAUUCCGAUCGUAUUUGGCUUUGGUAAAUCUGAGAAUUGCUAUUUGCACCCUAUCAUUGUGUUAUUUACUACACUUCAUUUUCAUGGAUUCAUUCUAAACAGAACACAGACAAAAAAAAAAUAGCUUGUCUGGAAACAUUCUCCAACAUAAUACAACUUGCCUAUUUUUGCCUCAGUUUUGCCAUCCAGAUUUUAAUGCAUCCCUAAGGUACAGAGUUCAUGGCUUCAAUUAAGCAGCUCUUUCCCGGUGUAAUGCUAUGUAUCAUUAUAUAUGUACAAACGCUAAGCAAAAUACUCAGGCAGGGGAAAGUAGUAACCUAUGCUGGAUGGGAUUUAAAGGAGCUGCCUACAUGUUUCUACUACUUACAAGAAUGUAAAUUCAGUUCCACAGCCACCUUAGUAAUAGAGCAGAUGGUGUAUAAGCUUAAUUUGUUACAUGCUGGGAGAACAGAGAGAAGAGGCUAUUCAUUUCCAGAGCCUUUAUGAUGGCAUUGGGGAGGGAAGUGACAAAGUGCGUACAAUCAGAGUCCUGUAAACUUAGAAGAGGUCAAGAGCUUGUAGUGAUCAGUCUUUUCUGUAGCUGCCUGCAGGAAAGCCUAGCUAUUCAUUCAAACUAGGUUUGUUUUAGAAUGUUGAAUUGUUUUUAAUAUUGUUGUAACCUGUUCUUUUCUUAGAGAAGUAAGGUAGAUGAACGUGGAACAGCUGUGAACCAAUAAACCACACAUAUGGCUUUUUGUGCCUUCACCUACCUUGUUUGGUAAUGUUUGUCUUGUAUAUGUUUUGCUGUGAACUUUUAUUCCUGUGGGAUUUUCUUAACCCCUCUUUUUAUACUAUCGUCCAUCAUGUUAUCUUUUUUAAAGGAACAUUGCAGCAUUAUAAAUAUUUACAUUUGUUUAUGACACUGGACUGUUAUAGAGCUGACACUUAUCUUCAUUACCCUCCCUAUUCCUAUAAAAAUAAAAAGGUUACUUACAUGUAAUCCAACAGAGAGAGGGUCCCUCUUUAUUAUUAUUAUUAUUAUUAGCGCUGUACAAUGAGUACAACUCUGCUAUGCCCUAGUCAUGAUAAGCUCGCUGCCAAUGCAAUGCACUCCAUAGAGAAGCAUCGGGAGGCAGAGCGCAGGCACAGCAAUCCCCGCUCUGCACUGACAAUUAUUCUCAUAGAGAAGCAUUGAAAUCAAUGAUCCUCUAUUAGAAGCACUGACUUCCACUUUGUGCUGGGGCUUUCUGAAGUUCCAAAUUCUUUCGAAAUCUGCACUUUCAUGAAGUGAAAAAGAGGGGCAAUCUACUAAACUAUGAAGCACUUGGGAUUUAGAGUGUUCUUUUAAACUCUUUUUUUCUCCAUAUAGCUCUGUUCCUAUCAGUCAGAAACGCUCUUGUGAAGAAUAUAGAGCUAAUGAAUUCAAAUGCAUUAUUACUAUAAAAAUAUAAAAUCACAUAUAAGCAAUAUGAAUAAAAAUAUAUAACAAAAAAAAGGAUACUUGUUGUGCAGCAAAUCCGUAUGAUUAUUUUCAUCUGUAGAGGUUUAUGCAAUACAUACAGUAAGCCAGGCAUGUACAAAAAGGAUCACAAUCUCCAUAGAAAACCUUUUAGUGUUGAUUAAAGGGAAAAUACAGCAGUAUGUUUACUCUCACCUGCUUCCCCCCUCUGACUAUACCAUGGCACACGUUCAGCCAAUAACCUGUUCCCUAUCGCCCAGUAUUAAACAGCACAGCAUCAGUGUUUUCCUGGCUUCAACAGGGAAAUGCAUCAGAUAUUGCCAUUUGACUGUUGUGUCCCAUCCAGGGAAAAGCAAGAGUGGGCAACUUGUGUGCCACUCACUCCGACCAGUUUAUUCAUUUCUACACUGCCCACCUUCAGAUACUCUAAAGGCUUGUAAAGGCUUCCCAGUUGCAACCAAUGCUGCUGAAGCCAGUAUUGCUUUUCCACAUCUUCAGCCCAUAACUGAAACUCAGCUUCCAGUGUGCAACAGUAUCACCCUAGCAUUUUGCCAGUCACGUAGGCAAAUGGUGGCAAGUAUAUCCACACCACCAACGCAGUCAGACCAGGGGAAAGUAAGUGGGAAGUGUCAACUGGUAACCCAUUUGCUCUGUUGGUGGAGCAGGCAAAUCACUUUUACACUGCCUUCGAGCACCUGAGAUGCACCAGAGUCUCAGACAGUGAACUGUUAAUCAUUCUAAACAGCUUUGAUUCCUAGUCCUAACAGCUAUCACAUUGAAUGUAGCCCCAUGUAGCAAAAGCACAGCUUAGUGGAAAGGGGCAUUGACAGGGCUAGGAGUUGGGCAUAGCAGGAAGCUAUGUAGGGAUAGGUGAUUUAGAGGGUAAGGGGCUGGGGUAUAUAAAUAGGCAGCCAUAUUAGGAAAAUUACCAGAUUUGACUAAUUACAUGACGUAAAGUCAUGAUUUUAUUAAGGACACGGAGGCGAAUAUUAGGCUUAUCUCUUUCUUUUAUUCCUCAGCAGCAAAGAAAGCGAAGGUAUUCAUAGUAUAGAAAAAAAUGAACAAAUACACUCACAGGGUUAAUCAUUACAUCACUAUAUCUUAGCCUAUGGGAACAGGCAACAUAUCAUAUACUCCCAUGUGACCCCCAUCUCUUCCUCUUUCCUGUUGAUGCCGAAGCUAAUAAUCUAUAACAACAACUAACAAAUUAACUUAAUCAAAAACAAAAACAGGCAGUAAAGACAACAAAUUCCUCCAUGUACAAUCAAUACUUAUUACGUACCUGGGUUGGGUUACAAAACUCCAAAAGUACCAUUUCUGGGUUGGCUAAUACUCGCCUCCGUGUUUUAGCAGGGCCGGCGGAUGGGCCGGCGGAUGGGCCGGUGGAGGCCAUGGGAGAGAGGUCGGAAUUAACCGGGAGUAUAUCGGACGCGGCUAGGCAGCACGCGUAUGUCUUGUUCCUGGCCGUUAGGGGUGUCCCUCAAACAGGACAUAAAGGGGAAAUUGUGGUAGGGUGAGUUUUGCUACAUUUUCUCGCUUCUUCCAUUAGAGAACUUUAUUGACCUCAAGGAGGAGGAAAAGAAAGACAAAAAGGAGGAGGAAGAGAAACGGAAGAGGUAUCGUAAGAUACCGAAAUCUUUCAGGGAAUUGAUUGAGGGCGUUCUGCGUCCUGGCCAGUGUGCUUGGCGAGAAGUCGCCAGGGCUGUGUUCAUCGUUGUUCUGCAACUUGGACGGGAUAUGGAUGGCAUACUGCACGUACGCCGGGCUCGCACGGUGAAGGUAUGAUGAGCAGUUUCGGCAGCCUCUUGCAGCUAAUCCGGGUACGUGGGACCAGAUGGACCUACCUCUAUGGAUGAAGCUGAUGAUUGUGCAAAAAGCACAGCCCUUUUGGCAAGCUACUGGCGCCAACGGUCAGUCCGCUUCAUCAGCCACGUUCCAAAAAGGCUUACGCUGGCUCUCCAAUGAGGGUCAUAGCAAGUGGGGGUCGGCAUGUCGCUUUAAGCACGAGUGCUCAGGUUGUGGUGGUGCCCACGGACUCAAUAGGUGUUUCAAGCAAAAUAAGGCAGGGGGUGCCGGGAUGUCUGCCCCAGCGUGGUUGCACCCCAGUGAAGUUAGAUGCGACGUUGACGUGGCUAAGCCAUUAUGGUGAAAGAGCUGAUGCCAAAUUGUGGAGGCUGCUUUUCGCUUGCUACCUGUUCACCCGGACUGUCAUCACUUGCUGGGUUUCUUUGAAGGGGGGUAUUUCGUCGACUUGUGUCUACCGAUGGUCUGUUCGAUUUCUUGCUUACUUCAAGAAAUUCAGUUCUUUUUUGGAGUUGGUGGUUCGGAUGAAGGAGGGGAGUAAGUUGGUGGUGCACCAUCUGGAUGAUUUUCUGUGAGGGGCCGGCAAAUUCCUUGACCUGUCUUCACCUGCUGCGAGCCAUCGAGUGUGUGGCAUGGCAGUGCGGAGUUCAGCUCGCAGUGGGUAAGACCGAUGGAGUGUCUCAGUUUUCUGGGCCUUGAACUUGAUUCGGAAAAAGGUGAGUGUUGGCUGCCUCAGGAUAAGCUGGUGGGGCUGCGUGGCGUGGUAACGGAGGUUCCACGGGCACGGAAGAUGACGCUUCGGCAGCUGCAAUCGCUCCUAGGGAAGCUCAACAUUGCUUGCAGGGUGAUUCCGAUGGGGCAGAUUUUCAGCCGGAGCCUGCCUGGGGCUAUGGCGGGGUUCAGUCGCAACACCAUUUCAUAAGGGCUGGUCUGGAGGUGUGGGAUGCGUUUUUGCAGGAUUUCAACAGUACGGUGUUCUUCCAGAAGGCGGGGGUUUUGGUUGCUGAUCUUGAGUUCUUUAUGCACGAGUCGGGUAACUUAGGCUUCUUUACGGAUAACAUGUCUAUCGUACACGCAGUCCAUAAUCUGUCUGCUUCGUCGAAACCGGUGGUGCGUCUGUUGCAGCGCUUUGUUUUGCUCUGUAUGUCACUCAAUGCGGUUUUCUGUGUGCGGCUUGUGCCAGGGUAUUUGAACGUGGUGGCUGACGCUUUAUCUCGAUUGCAGUGGUCCGGUUUCGGAUGGUGGCACCCGGAGCGCAGGAGGUGGGGCAGGCCGGAUGAGAUGUGGCAGCUUGGAGCGUCUUGCUGGGGGGAUACGUGAGAGGUUCUUUGGCACCGGGCACGUGGGCUGCAUACAGUAAGGUCUGGGACUCACGGGAAAGCUUGUGUGCCGUGAUGGGUCAGGCGCUGGUGGGGCAGUCGCGACUCAAUGCCUUGCUUUGGUUUAUGUUCAGGUUGUUAGCAGGGGCACAUCACCUGUGGUGGUGGAUAGGAAUAGGAUAGGAAAAUUUUAAGGGCUUCUGUUUAGCACGGUGUUUCUCUUGGCCUUCUUUGGCACAUUUCGCUUCGUGGAACUGGUAAGUGCUAACCGGGUGGCUGGUGGGGGUACUCAGGUGUCUGAUGUGCGCAUGCACAAGGGGUGACUUGUGCUUUACUUGGCAGGAUCCAAGACCGAUGUCAGGGGCUUGGGAAAGGACUUUACACUGUGUGCUCUUCCGAGUUCAACGUUGUGCCCGGUGGCUGCAGUUUUGGGUUAUCUGACUAGGAGGCCCAAGGUUGGGGGAUCGUUAUUGGUGCAUGCGGAUGGUUCUUCCCUGUCUCGCUUUCAAUUUACCAAGGUUUUUAAGUUAGGCUUGACAAGACUGGGAUUACAUGCUGGUAAGUUUGGGACUCAUUCCAUCUGCAUCAGGGCAGCAAUGGAAGUGACAAGGUUGGACUUGGGAGAGGCCCUAUUCAAGAGAAUUGGGAGAUGGGAGUUGAUGAGGUUCCACUCAUAUGUGCGUUUGGGGUUGUUGGAUUGAGAAGGGUGGGCCUGGGGGUUCUGUGAGUCGGUGUUGAUGUUUUUGUUUGUCUCCCUAGGUAAAGUCGCCUGGAUCGUUGGGCACUCAUUCGUUUUCUGGGUCGAGAAAAGGGCUGCAGCUCAAGUUCAGGGUCAGCAGCUGGGCUUUCCGCUGGACCAGUUAGUGAUUCGUUGGUUCGGUUACAGUUGAUUUUGUUUGGGGAACGUAUGCAAUGCUGUGUUUCGGAAGGUAUCGGGUAGGGGUCGGCCUGAUAUUCUUGUUCUUCACGCAGGGGGGAAUGAUCUGGGCCUGGUACCGCAGCGUCAGCUUGUUAAAUGGAUGAAGCAGGACAUUAAUAGGUUGAGGGACCUGCUUCACGGGGUAAUGUUGUUUUGGUCCGAGAUCCUUACAUGGCGGCAGUGGCGGCACACAUGUGACCCAUUAGCAAUCGAUCGCUGCUGUGAACAGGUGAAUGGCUUAAUGGCUAGUUUUGUCAGGAAGGUGGGGGGAGUGGUAGUGAGGCAUCGGGAGUUGGAGGUUGGGUUGCCCGGUUACUAUCACUUGGAUGGAGUUCAUCUCUCCGAAGUGGGGUGGGACCUUCUGAACCUGGGUUAGCAGGAAGGGUUGUUUAAAGCACUGUUUCUUCGGGGUGGUGUAGCUCAGACGGCUUAAGGGAUCAAGGACUGAGCUUGUGGUGGGAUAGGUAGCUGAAGGAUAAGAAAUAGGCUCUCAUUUUUGCAUGGUUUGGAGAUGGUUUAAGAUGGUUCUUGGUAACUUUGGUAAGUUUCAAGCUUGUCGGUGGCUCAGAACCUGGUGAGGUAGGGGUAUCCAGGUAUACCCCUACCAUGGUUAAUAAAAAUGUUGGCACUUUAAAUUAUGUUCAUGUUGAAAAACUGUUAUAUGUUAUGUGUUUAUAUAUGGUUCAUUGCCUUUUAUAUCUAACUGUGGGGAUACUGUGGGAAUACGGACACGGUAUGGAGGGGUGUGGAGCAAUGACCUUUUAAUGUUUAAAGUUAUUACUAAUAAUAUAUUUAUUUAAUAAAAGCUGUGGACAAUUUUGACCCAUAUACCCUAGUGUCCGUGUUUUAUUGGGUUAGGUAUGUGGGGGUGUAACGAACGCUGGUAUUGCAAGUACCCGUUCGUCUGUUUUCUCCUGAACUGCUAGAGGCUGAGUGAUUAUACCUCGCAGUUUGGUUGUUGAUUCGAAUGUUCUCCAAAUGACGUACAGCAUCCAAGUAUAUUCCUCAAGCAAAUCAGAUGGAUACACAAACAUUAGUUUAACUAGAUGAAGGGUACAACAGGAAUGGUUUGUUCAGGCUAACCGCCCUGUUUAUAUGCAGUUACAAAUGUACAGGGUUCAUGUUGACGUAUUUCAGGGGCAUUCCCCACUGGACCUGAGAGGUGACAGUGACAAAAUGCAUUCUGCAGUUACAUUGGCUCUCAGGUCCAGGACACUCCUACAUACAAUAAUAUAAUCCUUCCCCUGUACUUGGGAGAAAAUUGAGUCAAGCACUAUACUAAACUCAAUUAUCUCCAAACACGAAAAACACACAUUUCCACAAAACCCAGAAUGUACCCCAAACUCCAUGGAAACCCCACUAAAGUCAUAUACCCUGAUGCCCUGAUCUGGGGGACCAACAUAUUAAAAAAUCACCCAGAUCGGUUCAGGGGUUUGGGAGUUCCAUAGAAGUCUUAAUUUGACCGACCACACACGAGGCUCCUGCUCAAAAAUAGUUCCAUGAAAUUAGGCUGUGCUGUCGGUCUAUUUCGAAAAGUCUAAAAACCGAACAAAUCCACAAAUGGUUCCUCUGGCUCAUUUGUUUUCCUAGUUCGUGGGAACAAACCUACCGGAUAGCGCUCUCCUGGCUGGUCGGUGAAAGGAAGCAGCGAAGUUGACCGGCAUUCGGGAAGUCGAGUGUUCGAUUUUAGUUCCAGAUACUCGACGACCAAGUCCAGCUGCCUUCUUUUGUGCGAACAAGAGAGAGCACUUAAUUUGCGGAUUGCUUCGUAUUUAAUGAGCCAGGGGUGUGAAAAUCAAAGGAAAUGAAACAAAAGGUGUAGUUUCUUCACAGGAGGUUUUUGUUAAGAUUCCGCCUGCCCAUUUGGUGACUAUGCACCUUGUGACGAAAUCCACUUCGCCACUGGUUUUUCGAGGGACCUGUUUGCUAGCCUCCUACCCUGGGACUAUGGGCCCUGUUAUAACCCAUGUUCAAAAGUACUAUUUCUGUCCCUUGGACUUUUAACUGGAACAGAUUCAAACAUGCGGCGGUGGCCAUCUUAAAUUGUCCAGCGGUGUUUUGUCGUUGAGUGUAUGGAACUGUUUUGAACAUGGGACCAUAUGCAGGGUGGGGCAAAAAUAAGACUUCCAGGAAAUUCCUGAACCCCUUAACCGAUCUAGGUGAUUUUUGGAUAUGUUGUUCACCCAGAUCGUGGCUAUCAGGGGAUGUGUUGUAUUUUGGGGUACUUUUUGGGGUUUGUAAAAAUGUAUGUUUUUUCUGUUUAGAGUUAAUUGGGUUAGCCCAUUGUCUUUGUUAACUGAAUCACAGGCAGAGGGGAGGGAUUGUGUACACUGUAGGGGAGUUUCUGCAUGUAAGACUGGUUUGUUAAUUCUGUGUCCUGUGCCCCACAAGGUCCACCUGGGCGUCAACCUUGUGGGGAAAAACUGUAUGAAAACUCAAGCUGUUCGAUAAACCUUCAGACUUGUUCUACCCUUCAUGAAGUUUCAGCUUAUGUUUGGGGGAUUGGAGAACUACCUACACUCUGGGGAUUGCUAUAAUCACUAUACUCCCCAGAGUAUAAUCACUAAGCUCUUGUAAGAGCUUGUUCCUGUUUCUGCUCUCUGGAUUACAAGAGAGGUUUACCAACUGGAAGCUGGAUCCUGGUCUUGGGUCCAGAGUGGGUGGAAGACGGCGAGACCCCAACCAAGCUGCGGCGGUUCGUGGGGUCUGCGGUGGUUAUGGUGUCUAGUGGAGUGCUUGGAGCCCUCAGGAAGCACUAGGAGCAUCCGUCAAACGGAGGUACCCAGUCGGGGUGCCAGGCGAUCCGUUACACACCUGUCAGAAGAUUUUGAAAUAUGUGUCAGCUUUGGCUAGUAAGUCAAAGGAUAAACUGCUAAAAUAACUAGAAUGCAGCUGUAUACCUAAAAAGAUACAAUUAACAAAACAUAGAACUAGUGGGAGCUGCAGAGAUGCUUAAUUUAACAACAGGAUGGUACAGACUGGCUAAUGAUUUAAUAGGAGUCUUGGACUGAUAGGUUAAAGGAAGAUACGUCAUCCGGAUCAUGUGUGGACAUUAGGGACUAACCCCAUAUAAGAAACAAUAAUUGAUACUGCACUCAAAAUAAAGCAAAAAGAUUAUAUUUAAUCAAAGAUAGUGAAUCAAUUUCAUAUAUAUAUCAGAUAUGUACAAAAAAUGUGUACAGUCAGCUUUUGAGGGUCAAAAGAAUAAUCUCACAAGAAGAUCAGGUCAAUUUAGGAAUGGAAUUUAUGUGCAAUAAAUUUAUACAUAGGGGCUACCCAGUGGAAUUAGUUGAACAACAAAAAAACAAGGUCUUGGGAAUAGAUAGAGACUUGGCGCUUAACCCCAUUGGCAUUAGAAAAGCGAUAGAUAGAAUUCCUUUCAUUUCGCCAUUCACACCCUACAGCCACGAUAUUAAGAAAAUUAUAAUGAAACACUGGAACAUAUUUGAGGGUGACGCUAACCUACCAAAUGAGUUUAAAAACCCACCUUUAUUCUCCUACCAAAGAGCACAAAACUUAAGAGAUAAAUUGGUAAAUUCUGAUAUAGGGAGUAGUCGGAAACACAAAAGAUUUUUUUCAGAACCCAAGAGGGGUACCCACCCUUGUUUAAAUUGCAUACAUUGCAACAGUAUAAUCAAGGGUGAAUGCUUUGUUCACCCACGAUCAGGCAAGUCAUAUAAAAUACCUGACUACUAUACGUGCAACUCUGACUAUGUGGUUUACAUUUUGAAGUGUCCAUGUGGGUUUCUCUAUGUUGGAGAGACGAUUAGACCUGUAAAAGAGCGUAUUGGAGAACACAAAAGGGACAUAAGAGCAGCUAUUCAGAAAGGGACCAGUGAGAAACCUGUACCGAGGCAUUUCUUACAACAAGGACAUGGUGUCAACCAAGUACGUUUCCAGGUUAUUGAUGGUAUUAAACCCCUACGGAGAGGGGGAGAUAGACAGAAAGCACUGCUACGUAAGGAAACAAAAUGGAUUAGUAUUUUGGAGACAUUACACCCAGACGGGCUGAAUGAGGACUAUGACCUCAAACAUUUUCUGUGAAGCUAUUUAUGAAGGGUGUAUACCUGCAUACCUCCAGCUAGGGAGUCCAUGUUCUUUGUCUCCCAGACUUAAUAUUGUACUCUCAUUCUAUUUUUACAGUAUACACUUUGGUCUAUAUGUGGCACGUCGGUCUCUAUUAUCCCUUAAAGAGCUCUAUAAUAGUUGACCAAGUGUGGUCCGCAACCCGACAGAAUGCGGGGUCCAACAUAAGAGAACCCAUGGGCAUCUUUCACACACUACACUGCUGGUGAGUAUGCCCUUUUGCUAAAUUUUCAUAUUUUCAUUUUUCAUUUUUUCAUUUAUUCAUUUUUUCACUUUUUCAUUUUUGGUUGAAGGAACUAUUGACCUUCUGAUUAUCUGUUGCAAUAUUACAUACAAAAGUACUUUAGGAUUAUCAUUAAGAACAUAAGUACAGGGUUGAUUCAAUUUCAUGACUGUGCCCCCACUUAUGAAUCAACUUUCCUCUCAUAUUUGAAGUAAUACCCUUCUGUAUAUCCUACAAAUAGCUUGUAGGUUUUGUCAUGUAUCUUUGUUUUUAAAAAUAUACUAAGAGUGUGUAUUUAUGUCCUCUAGGUCCUCUUACUUUAUCUCUCCAUACCUUGUAUUUAUGUAUAUUAGCAUUUUGUAAAUUUAUAGUACUUAAUGCCAUUAUCUUGGUAUUAUGUACUUUGUCAAGCAAUUUUUCUCCGGCAUAACGCAGUCAGCAGGAGUACGCAUGCGUGAGUUAAACUAUUACACGCAUGCGCACACGGAGAGGAGCACGUCAUGACGUCAUGUGCGUCAUUACGUCAUUCGGACGCGACCCGCGCGAACAAGCGGGCGCGCCGAAAAUGGAUAUAAAUAUGGACUCAUUACUUCCUUUUUUCUACACAGGGCCUUUGAAGGGGCUGAAGGGUCCCGAGCGCGCAGCCCGUUUAUCCUGUACAAGAGUCUACAAGAAGUCCACGCUCUGGACAUAUUUGACCCGGACUAUCCAAGGAUCUGCCAAGUACCUGCUAUAUCCAUCACCUUCAACCAACAGGAGAGGAAUAGGAGGAACAGUCUACAAUUUGCAACUCAGAUAACUUCAUCUAGAACUGGACUUUUCCUUUCUCAGCAAAGCAUAUUGGUGAGAUCCACCCAUAUACAAUAGUGUGUACACACUGGUGACUGUAUAUACAACUUUUUUCAUUUUUUUAUUUUUUAUUUUUUUAUUUAGUUUUUUCUCUUUUUUCUCCUUUUUUUUCCUUUUUUUUCUCUUUUUUCCAUUUUUGAUUUUUUAAGGAAUUUGUUCAUUUUUUCAAUUUUUUCUAUUACUUUUUUCCAUUAUUGUAUAUAUUGUAUAUACUGUAUAUACUUUUUUUGUCCACACUGGUCAAUAAUCCAGAUUGAGAAUUUCUCAUACUACUUCAAAGUGUAUUAUACUCAUAUGAAUUUAACUUUUAUUAUACUCAUAUGAAUUUAACUCUUGUAAGGAUACCGUGUAUUUUACAUGAUAUUACACUGGUUGCCAUAGGAUACUUGUCAUUUACAGUAUCCUUUUUUUCACAUUUUUUGUACAUAUCUGAUAUAUAUAUGAAAUUGAUUCACUAUCUUUGAUUAAAUAUAAUCUUUUUGCUUUAUUUUGAGUGCAGUAUCAAUUAUUGUUUUUUAUAUUAUUUGGAGGUUAAUGGGCCACCUUGAUUACUUGCACCGAAACGGAUAUGAGAGUGCCUGUACAUUUAUAUUUUUUUGUAUAUAACCCCAUAUAAGGGAGGCACUUGAAAUGGUGGGUAGGCCGAAGUUUUUAUUUUGGCACUUUUGUAUUUUGAUUUUAGCUGUAUGGUUCCUGAGGAAGUUCUUACUUGGAAUGAAACGCGUAGGACCUGGGAUUCUUUUACUAUUUUAUCUAUUUUUAUUUGCAAUUCAUUGCAAUAAAUCAUUUACUACUACCUACCUGCCUUUUAGUUUCCUGGUAUUCUGCUUCUAGUCCUGAGAGAGAGCGAGGACACAAGAGAGCCAGGCCCCUGUCCCUUCCAGGGGAUGCAUGUUGAGAUGCUUAAAGAUUACAGUGUGACCUCGGUUUACGAAUUUAAUGCGUUCUCUGGGACGUUUCUUAUUGCGAAACAUUUGCAAACCGAAACGCGGUUUCCCAUAGGAAUGCAUUGAAAACCAAUUAAUCCGUUCUGGAGGUCAGAAAAAAGUCAAAAUGAGCUGGCAUGGAAACCAACCCACAAUGCAGAACACACAAUAAAAUACAUGCAAACGACGAAGCUCAGCUCCCUAACUUUCCACAGCUUGAGAAAUGCACCAAAAAGUCCCAAAACAACUGCAAACAAUUUCCAGAAUCUCUCCAAAACUCAAUGCAAAAACAGCUCCAGCACCUCCACACUCGAUGCCACAAGCUACCCACAGACUCCAGUAUACAAGGGGCGGUGCUAUAAACCUCCCAGCUGCAAUGCAUCCUUGGGAAACUUGCUUUGAACUGCAAAAAAUAUUUGUAAACCGAGGCAUUAUUUUCAAUGGAUUUUCAUUUGUAAACCGAAAAUUAUGUUAACCGAGGCAUUUGUAAACCGAGGUCCCGCCGUACUUUCGUCUGUAACUGCAUUCACAUUGCAACAGUAUUCAUACUUGCGUACAGUAUUACACUAUUGUGACGAGACCAAUCUCGCCACAUUGCAUUGGAGAAGCCCGGUUGCUCGCCUGCUGCCUUUGGACUAUGGUCCCCUGUUAAAAGACAUCUUUUUUACCUGCAGAAAAGCUUCAUUCGUGCUUUUCUGCCUGGGGUUCGGUAGAUUUGGUUGAAUGUGUUAUACCCCAGAUAGGAAUCCCAUGGAGCCCAUUCGUAUGAAACUGACUGUAAAGACUUUGGCUCCAUGGCGAUUAAACUGUAUUCGUGUGGUCUGAGCGCCAUUCGCUUAAUAAUGUGCGCUCGGACCUGAGCUAUCUGGGGAUAUGUUACAUGUCUGUGUUUUAUGUAAUAAAUGUGACUUUAUGUAUUUUAAAGUGUUUUGUGUCUUUUUGCAACCAUGUGCUUAAUGGAGUCUUGUGUCUGUCCUGGGAGAUAAUUGAAUUACUCUCCAGGAUAGAAGACUCUGAAACUGGUUUGGGCCAGAAAGCCAUGCUUCAUUUAGUCACAAAGAUACUUUUUACUAACUUUUGAACCCCUUGUCUGAUUUGUGCCAUUUUUUAAUAUGUUGCUCCCCUGAAUGGAUUGAUUCCAAAUAUGUAAUUUGUAUAAAGAUUGGAUGUAUGGUUUUAAAGUUACAGGGUAUGGGGAAAAACUGUUCUGUUUUAAUUAUGUUAUGUGAUUAUCUGAGGGAUGGGAAUUUCCCCGAAUGUAUAUUGUUCCGAUUGGUUAUACUGCUAAUUAUGUGGGUGUCUCCCUUGCAUGGGCAGAAUCUCAUAAAAGCAGAGUGUGUGCCAUUAAACAUCAGACCACUGCUUGACCCUCAACACAGAGCCUUGUCUCGUUCUUGGGGGGAUUCACUGUAUGCUGUUAGAGACUGAUUGCCAGGAGUGAAAGCUGAUUGUCUGCUUUUCCUGUUCGUCUGCUAGCAGCUAUUUGGGAGGUUCCAGUUCGGGAGUUGGAGUGCUAUUUUGUAUCCAGUUCGGGAGUUUGGUGUUCUGCAGUAGCUGUGCCUGUAUCUCUGGAAAGGGGGCCGAUCGCCUAAACGUUUUUUUACCCCUUGUGUGCAAAACGGUCCGUUACAACUAUGCUUUGUUAAUUGUAUCUGUUUAGGUAUACAGGUGUAUUCUGGUUAUUUAUCAGUUUAUCCUGACACUACAUAGGAUCACUAUAGGGGAAAGUGAUCUUGGGAAUCUGUAUACAAAAGCUAGGUUUUGCAAUUUUUAACUCUAUUGUGCUCAGUUUGGUGUAUAUAUGUGUACAUUUUAUUGGCUAUUAAGUGUAAAUAAUGUACUUAUCCACCAGUUUUUUCAGGUCGCAACUAAAAGGCUAGGAAAAAACUAGUUGUAGGGGAAUCAACCCUGUCUACUCCCAAUUUUUCAAUUUUAAGCCUCCAUCCAAUGCCAGUGAUGGGUGGGCAUGAUAUAGAGCCUUUCUUGGCAGUAACUUGGCAGUGUGAACUGCUUGCUCACUGUUUAGUAGAUAUUUCUCCAUUUGUAAUAUGGUGGAAGGAGGCUUAAGGGAGGUAUUCUACUUCCAUUAAAUUAAUGUGGGGGUCAUAUUAACCCCCAUAGGAUUUUUAAAAUGUAUUUUUUAAACAACACUCUUGAUUCAACUGAAUAUUUUUUCUGGAAACAAUCACAUGAAUGAAAUUCAUUCUCAAUGGAAAGGUACAUUGGUGAAAUGUGGUUUAUCCAAACCAAAAAUGUUUUGCCUUGUACAAUAUGUAAGUUCAGUAUGUAUUAGUCUUGUCCAGUUGAUUUUGAAAUUAAUAACAUUUUGUCUGAUAUGGCUAUUAGGAAGUGUUUGAAUUUCCAAAUCGACAAAAACAAAUGGAUCCCUAAAGAAUACAUUUGUUGAGGUAAGGAUAGCUAAUUAGGGAGUUAUCUACUAAUCAAGAGAAAAUGUUAAAUUAAGAAAAUGGCUUUUCUUAAUUCUGAUCAUUCAGUUGUUUAGUAGAUUGCUUCCUAAUUUGGUAUCCUUAAAUAUGGCAGUCACAAAUAAAGAUCAGUGCAUUAGGGAGUUAUCCACUAAACAGCUGAAAUAUCAAAAUUGAGAAGAGGGCUUUAUAUAAUUUUGAUAUUUAAGCAAUUUAGCAAAUAACUCCCUAAAUUGGUACUUUUAGAGUUUUGUGACUGACACCUUCAUUCAUUCCCCAUAGGAAAAAUUUAGAUUUAUAGGAAUGAAUUGUAAUAACUAACGCACCAAAAGAAAGAUUUCCACCAUGCACAUAUCUAGUAUUUACUGUAUUACUUAAUUUAUGUCAAUUAUUAUUAGACAUCCAUUUUAGAUCUUUACCAGUGUUCAUUCUCUUUCCUCACAUGUUCUCUUUUUACUGUUUAACUUUUUUUCCCCCAUCUGUUUAAUCGGUAUGUCCAGCUAUGACUGGUAAUUGGUAAAGAGCACUGUUAUAACAAAAAAAAAAUUCUAAUCGCAGGUGUCCAAAUCCUAGUCAAAAUCAUUUUAUGAAUAGUUGCCACAAUUUGAAUAAAUAUGCUCCAAUGCCUGAUACCACGGAUCAGUGGCCCUGUAGUAAAUUAUUUUUUAAAUUAUGGUUGCUUUUUACAAUUGUUCUAAAUAAACAUUUUUACUAAAAUGUUUUUUAUUUAAUACUUGAAAACAUUUUAAAUGAUUUGUAUGAUUUAUUAUGUGCAUACAGGUACGUCAGAUGUAAUUCUAAUCCUGCCAAUAUCCCUGGACUCAAACGUAUUUAGCAUGUUUGUGUUAUUGCAAACUCUUUCAAAAAAGCUUCCAGUUCAAUAUGAUGAUAAUUUGUGCAAGGCCUCCAUUUUGGCGUAUAUUAAGAUCUGCGCUUCACCUCUUUCGUUCCUGGUCCUUCAUCCUGAAAGAGCAUUUUUCUCUUAGCUGCUGCCCGGAGCUGUAGACUCUAUGCGUAAUAUGAUAAUACGAACAUCCCUAUCUGUUCCUCAUCAAUGUUAAGUGUUCUGAAGGUCACGGACAAUAAACUUCACUGCCAAUCACUGCCGCAAGUGGGAUUUGAAUUCUGCCUUGGACUACAUUGCAGAAAUCCUUUCUACUCCCUACUGCUAAAUUGACAAAUCCAAUUGCUGCCCCCUCUUUAGAUCCAACUUAACCGUGCCUCCGCUGAUCUCAUUUAUUUCAAUUUGCCAUGCUUUCAGUCUGCUCCUCAUUUUUUAGGAGGAAAAAAAAAGGCAUUCAGGAUUGUUGGAUUUAAAUGCAAACAUAAAUGGGAAAAAAUGUAUAUACACUCCAGAAAGUUUAUUUAGGUACAGAACGGAGUUAUUGUGUGAACAUUUGACAAUAAUUUUUUCCAUGUUAUAUAGCUACCAACAGUUCAAUAUUUACAGCAGUAGUGCCUUAUUAAAUUACUUAUUUUUCUUUUUUUUUCCCCAAGUGUCAUUUUUUGUGUAUAUGUUUGAUUAAGUCAUUCCUGUUGAUUGCAUAUUAUAUGAUUAGUAUGCUUAAUUGUUGUUAAUUGAUAUUUUCUGUUAUAUAGGUAUAGCUGGUUUUCUGAUAAAAAUACAAAAGGUCAUGAAGCAUUGUCUCUCUCCUUAAAGGGACACUAUUGUCACUAAAACAAUUUUAGCUUAAUGAACCAGUUUUUGUGUAUAGAUCAUGCCUCUGAAGUUACCCUGCUCAAUUCUCUGCCAUGUAUGAGUAAACUCACUUUUGUUACUGUUUAUGGCGCUGUAGACACACCUUGCUGGCUGUGACUCACACAACCUGCAAGAAAGAAAAUGGUUUCAUUUGCAAUCAGAUGUUAACUUACCUGUUCUUAAUUUGAUUCCCUGCUCUGUAAAUUUAACUUUAAUCACACACAGGAGGCUCUUGCAAGGUCUAGCAAGUUAUAAACAGAGCAAGAAAUUAGACAUUCAAAAUUAAACAGAAUUUGCAAUAACGGAAGUGUAAACAUUAGCUCACACUUUACAAGAAGUGUUUAGGAAGGCUGUACAAGUCACAUGUAGGGAGGUGUGACUAGGGCUGCAUAAACAGAGUGAUUUAACUUCUAAAUGGUACACAAUUGAACAGUGAGACUGCAAGGGAAUGAUCUACAUACCAAAACUGCUUCUGCCGAAGUUGUUUUGUUGACUACAUUGUCCCUUUAAGCCAACCAUUAGUGGUGGACAAGCAGUUCGUCUAUAGGUUUUUGGUGUUCAGCUCCAAAUGAGCUAAUAAAGACAUCUUGAUUACAACCACACCUUGACUUGAGCAGUUUUUGUGCCUGAGAGUGGUUGUGAAAAUGGGAGUGUUGGGUCACCUAGUGGAUACAAAGCUGAAUAAAUGGGGCUUCUUCUUUUCCAGGAGUGGGAUAGAUACUUUGUUAUGAGAAGGUGAGGGUUGGGGGGACGGACUUCCACUUACCCUCAUGAGGCUGCUCUGCCAUCUAUCUUCAUUCUUAUAUCCUACUCUCUUGAGGUUCUUCUCUGGUGAAUCUUUUCCAUCCUGGAAGGAAUUUUUGAGUUUUGUGGGGUCUCCUAGAAGAUUCAUGGAUUCUUUUCCAGUGCCAUCUUGACAGCCUGUAGUGAUUGAACCAGAGAUGAGUAUUGAGGAGUUGCCCCUCCACUACCUAAUAGCUAUGCUGUACCUAACCCCACUAUUCUUGUCUCUCAUCUUUCUACCCAUACUGUUUCUUCCCUUCCUUCUACCUCUGUACCCCUCCCGUUUCUCCUGCUCUGUCUGUUUUUUCUCCCUCUUCCUUCCCCUGAUCCCUGCCCAACUGAGGCUUUAAACAGCUUAUUGCUAAUUUGGCCUCUUUGUCAUCCAUAUCUAUUUCAGCUCCGGCUUCCUUGGUGCAUACAACUUUCCUCUUCCUUAUUUUCUGCAUUUCUGGCGACCGGAACUUCUGAAGACUCUGGUGGCCACACCUGGUGCUCAUGGGGAGAAACAACAUGGCAACCACGAGCGCACCAGAAGUGAUGCACAGAUCUGUACUUCUCAAGGUCAUGGAAGCCCCUCACGGUUCUACAGGUCUUCAGGAAGUAGGUUAUGAUCUAAAAAGGUUCCAGGACGUGGCUGGGACAGCAUACACAUCAACUGUCUCUUAAAGGAGCCAUGGAAUCUUUUGUUAGGGCUGCUCCUGCAUUGUCUUUCCUAAUUUCAGCUGUGCCACUGUCUGGGUUUUUCUCUGUUAGUUGCUAUGUUAUGCUGUGUGACACAGACAGAUCACCUGCAUUUGCACCUGCUUCAACUGAGCUUUAUUCUGGCAUAUUUACCAUACCAGAUCAUGGAGAGGUGACUCCUUUAAAGGGGAUAUGCUACAUGUCUGUGCUGACAUAUAUGCUGGGUCCACGGUAUGUUCUGUCUAUGCUGUCUUGAAUCAUUCUCUUCUUGUUUCUGCUUCAUCUGCUUCAGCUUUUGACUUGGCCAAUGCCCUUGGUGCUCCUGUUUUGUCUGUUUUACAUAAAGUCUUAAGAAGCAUGGAGCUUCUUAAGCCAUAAGAAGACAUUCUCAGUAGUCUUCAGGACUGGUUCCAUUGAAUCAAGUGACCACACUGGCAUCACCAAGUGUUCCAGUGCAGCCGCUGGUGGUGUCUUCCACAAGAUCGUGACUCACAGACCUCCAGGAAUGGCGAUGAGUUUUUACCUCCUACUCUUACAUGAUCCACACUCUCCCUUGCAUCUGACGAGCCUGGAUCUGAGGAAAUAGGGUCACUGGGGAUAUCCACUAGGGGGCACAAGCUCAUACCUCGCUUGCUGCAGAUGAUGUUACUAGCACAGGGUCACUUUGGCCACUCGAGUGCUGGGGGAUUUCCUCAGUUCUACCCUACCUUACCCAUGGACACUUUAGCUGUGCAAUGCAAGGUGACUUGUACCCUAUUCCAUAUACUCUUUAGACGUGCAUUUGAAAUCUAAAGUUAAUGUAAAAAUUUGUGAGUGUCCCCAUCUUUGACCUGUCUAUGGAAGCCUACCGACUUUAUGAGCAGGCUGAUGAUAGGUCUGGCCUUAAGCAUUCCACGCAUUCAAAAUCAUUUGAGAACUGACAGUGAUGCUUUUGGGUUUUGGCUUUCAGUUUUUAUUCCUGAUUUUUGGAAAAGCACCUCGAGUAAACCAUCCUUAUUCUAAAAUAUAUGGAGAUGAUAGAUUAUAUCUAUCACUAUUUUAAAAAGGGGGUCUGGAGAGAAUAUCAUUCAAAAUUUCAUAGACAUUUAUGCAUCUUUGGUGGCAUUUGGGCCUUGAGAGGGUCUUGCCAUCAGAGGGUUCUUCUUUUUCCAGCAUUCUUGUUCAUUUAGCCAUACAAGCGCUGUGAGUGGGGAGCUUCCUGCUCCUUUUAUCACAUCUGCAAGUUCUGCAGGGAAACCCGUGGGUUCAGUGUAAGCGACUUCCCCAGUCACAGGACUCCUCUGGUCACCCUUCCUCAUCUCUCAAGGUCCCAACUUUGUUGGAUGCAAUUGAAAGAUGACUGAUGCUUACCCCAUCAGGCAGUAGACAGAUUGGUUUCAGACUGGUCUGAGGGAGGUUUUUGUUAUUAGGUUAUUUUCCAGGUAAAGCUCCUGCUUGGGCUCUUUAGUCUGCUUUUACUUCUUCACUGAUAGGUAAAAAUUGCUAAGGAGGUCUCUUUGGGUAGAAUUGAGGGCCCCUAUUCUGAUCCUCCAAUCACUGACUUCAUGAUUUUCCCUGAAGAAGGAGUCCAUGAAAUUCACCUCAUCCAACAUUUGUCCUAUACCAAGGAGGCAUCUAUUAGUGACUCUGUUUCACCCGCUAUUUGCUCUAUCCACUAUCUGCCAUUUGAUGAUGCGGUGGAGUUGUUCCGCCAGACUGGUCAAGGAGCUUUGCUGGCAAAGCUGGAUAUAGAGUCAGCUUUUUGCCAUCUUCCUCUCCACCCAUCCUCUUUUUGA